AUGUCGGGAAGCCGAUUUAUAUAUAUCAAUAUACAGUCCAAAAUGAAGACCAAGUUGACGUCAGUCACCUACCUCGGGUACACGGCGAUGGACAGACGAUUUUCGAUAUCUAUGCUGCCUUGGCUCUUACGGGAAAUUCGAGCAACUAGCAUUCGGGAAAAGUUAAGUGUAGCCGUAGAAGAUGGCUGUCUAAAGGCGUAUAACGGAAAUUUCGAGCCGAUUAUAGUUCACCGUCUAGUUGAUAUCUUGAGGGCAAGUCAAGUACCAGGAAGACCAAACGAGCUGUUCUACAUACUCCUCAAUGAGAAGGAGGGCUUACUGCAGUGUUACUUAUUCAUGGCGAGCACAGCGGUUGAGGUUAGUGCUUGUUUAUAUAAAGGAGUCAAAUUUCUU